AUGGAUUUUGCCAACAAAUUUACUCUUACUCGCCACACCAAGGCAGUCAAUGUAUUGGCUGUGAGUAUGCAUGGAGCAUUGCUCCUUACUGGAGGCAAUGAUAGUAGAGUUGUGGUAUGGAACCUGACAUCCGGUGAAAUGAUUCAAGAAAUCAUUUCACCAGCUGCAGGAUAUAUUAGUGCAAUCACUUGGAUUGAUAUGGGCGAUCGUGGAGAGACGACCUUUGCAUUCGGGGCAUCGGAUGGCAAUGUCCAAAUCUAUGAAAGAAUCGAUGAUGCACUUUUCGAAUUUUGCAGUACUACCAUCGGUCACUCGGGUCUGGUAGAGUUGCUUGCUUGGGAUCCCGUCCAUCAUCGACUGGCGAGUGCUGGUGAUGGUCGGCCCCACGUUUGGAACUUCACACCAGACAAAACCCUCAUUUCCAUCACCUCGAAGCUCGAGAAGCAGCCGUACGUGGCGCGCACGGUACACUUCUAUGACAACGGUGCUUCGCUACUAGUAUCGUUUCUGGAAAGCGGUGAAAUUUUCUGCUAUUCCAUUGAACCCUGGGAUUUAAAAUGGCGCAAGAAAGUCCAGGGAAGGAUUGGGAAUACCAUCCUGGAGGGCAAUUUCCUCCUUGUAAGCAAUCUUAAAGACGGGGUAGACAAAUAUUCUGUGCCUACCCUCCAACGCGUCCAGUCUUACAGCCAUGUGAUCCUGCGCAAUGUGCCUUUGCAAAUAUCCGUUGCUCGACAAGCAGGGCUCAUUUUCAUCAGGGGGGAUGAUGGUUUUGCUUGCAUAUUUCAUUAUAGUACUGGUGUAUACCGAGGUCAGUUGGAGCACGGCAAUCAGGGCGAUCAGAUUAUACCUGUAGCGUCACACGAAGGGCGCACUGGGUGCACCGUUGUUACCAGCAGCUGCUUUAAUGGACACAGUAGCGUGAAGGUGUGGGCGGAGGGUGAAUUGACCUCGACGGAGGACAAUGAGACGCAUACCUCACCCUCAACGAGAUCUUCAACUACCUCCCAGCUGCUUUGGUUUGCCAUUAUCUGUGUGGUUGUGAACAUGGUAAUGCACGCUCUCCAGUCAGGCACAUUAUCAGAACUUUUCCUAUUACUUCAAGGCAGUGUGACACGUGUCAUUGGGGCUUCGUAA